UUCUGAUUCGAUAUUACAAGACUCAAGUUUUUAAAACCCUAAUUUCACCCUUCUCUUUAAUUUUCUUCCCCCACUUGUCUCUCAAAUUUUUUUUUUUUUAAAAAAGAAAACCCAAAUUAUAAUUAAUAGAAAAGAUCAAUUUCUCAUCAAACUUUCACUCAUAAAACUCCUUUUCUAUUUGCCAUUUGUUUUUUUUUUUUUAUUUGUGCUUUUUCUUCUCAUUUUUUCCUUGUUUUAGAUAGCUUUGUCUUUGUUGAAAACUAGGGUUUGCUCUAAUGGUGGGUUUUGUGUGUUGAAAUUAGGGCCUUUACAGAUAAAAUUUUCACUUCUUUCUCCUAUAAGGGAACUGUGGGUUUCGUGGCUUCCCAGACAUAUAAUCCUGUUUGGAAGGUGAGUUUUGGUUGGAAAAGAUGUCAUCAAGGUAUCAAAUACUUGGCAAUCGACCAAUUGAUCAAUGGAGGGUUACAGAGUUGAAAGAUGAACUAAAGAGGCGGAAAAUGACAACUCGGGGCUUGAAAGAGGAUUUGGUAAAACGUUUGGAUGAAGCACUUCGAAUUGAAAGGGAAAAUGCUGCAAUGGAGGCAGAUAAUGGUUUUAAUUCUGAUCCCCAGCCUGUAGUUGAGGGAGGGAUUGAAAAAGAAAUUUCAGUUAUUUCUGAGACAGUUGAAGAUGCUGUGGAUCAUGUUGGCAGUGAGAUUGAAAAGGGGAGUGGGGUUAAGUUUCAGGUUGACAUUAAUGAUAAUGCAGCUGCUUUGGGUCAUGGAGAAGUUCAAGGAAGUGACAUAAUGGUGGAACAGGAGCCCGUUAUUCAAACCACCACAGUUCAGACUGAGAUAACAGUUUCCAAGACUGUAGUAUCUGAGGUACCAUUGAUUGGACAAGAUUUGCAGAUCUUGGGACAAGAGGAGAAUGUAAAUUCUAAUAUCCAAGUGGAGGAUGAGGAUCCAAAGCCCCAGGUGGAGAAUGAGGGUCCAAAGCCCCAGGUGGAGAAUGAUGAUCCAAAGGCCCAGCUGGAGAGUGUGGGUUCAAAGUCUCAGCAGGAGAAUGAUGAUCUGAAGCCCCAGCUAGACAUUGAGGAUUCAAAGCCCCAGCUGGUGAAUGAGUGUUUAAAGGCUCAACGUGAGGAUGACAUGCAUGACUUUUCUGCUUCGAAAAACCAGGUAUCUGAGGUCAGCCCUAUUUUAGGGUUUCGAGUAAAAUCUGAUUCUAUUUCUACUGAUUCUGUGUCAAUUAAUGAAAAGAUUGAACUAAAGGAUAAUAUAAUUGCUGAUAAUGUCAAAUUAGACUUAGAUGUUGUUAAGCUGGAGAUGGUGGAACCAUCAUCCUGCAAUGUUAUCCCAAUUAGUGGUGAAUUGCAUCCAAUGGGUGUUGAAGAGCCACUUGAGAACAAGGCUUCUGUUGAUGAGAGAGAUGACAAGAAUGUUACAAAUGCAGACAGGAGCAAUAAAAAUGACAGUGCAGAGGUGGGGUACUCAGAAAAACUAAAUUUAGAUAGAAGUUCUGGUGAUGACUCCAUGGAGGAGGAUGUGCUUGAGAGUAAACAAAUAUAUUCAAAAUGUACUGGUGACAUGGGAGAAAAUAGUGACAGAAAUGAAGCGCUUAUUAUCAAGGAGGAAAGCCCUGUUAAUGUUGUAGGAGAUGGUUUAACUGCUGAUAAAAAGGAUGUGUUUGUUGAGAAUAAGAGCCGUUCUGCUGCUCCUUUUGAGAAAAGAAAGCUUCAUGAUCAGGAAGCUGUUGGGAACAAUGAGCCUUCAAAAAGGCGCAAAUGGAACUCUGGCAAUAUAAGAGUUCCAGAGCAGCAAGGCUCUAAUCUUAAGCCCACCACCACACCUAAAGACUCUACUCAGCCUGCUGCUUUGAAGCAUAACUUCUCUAGAUCAGACUCCACGGCUAGUGAAGAUACACCCAAGGAACGAGUUGUUCUGCCGUCACAAAAACCUCCGACCACUUCCCUCAGAAUUGAUCGUUUUUUGCGCCCUUUUACUUUGAAAGCUGUGCAAGAACUUUUGGGGAAAACUGGAACUGUUAUGAGCUUCUGGAUGGACCAUAUUAAGACCCAUUGCUAUGUUACUUAUUCAUCUGUGGAAGAAGCAAUAGAGGCACGAAAUGCUGUUUACAACCUGCAAUGGCCACCUAAUGGUGGACGUCUAUUGGUGGCUGACUUCGUUGAUCCCCAUGAAGUUAAAAUUCGGCUGGAGGCUCCACCUCAGACUCCAACUACUCCUGGGACUUCUGGUCCUACUGCUCCUCAAGCUCAGCCUACUUCUCAGCCCCAGCCCUCACCUCGUCUCCAGGUUUCUAGGCAGCAGCUUCCACAGCCUUCUGCACUUCCACCACCACCACCACCCUUGUCUAAUCCACCAACAGUUAGAGAAAGGCUACCUCUUCCACCACCACCUCCUCCAGAGAAACUAGAUACUCCUAUUGUCACUCUGGAUGACCUGUUUCGGAAAACCAAAGCAACUCCUCGGAUUUACUAUUUGCCUCUGUCAGAAGAACAAGUUGCAGCAAAACAAGCAGCAUGUGGCAGAAUCACCAAGCAGUCUGCAGGUGUUGCUUAUUUGAAGGAAUUGUCCCAGCCAUGUGGAAGGAACUUGUUCGGUGAUGGAUUUUGGUUUUCUGAAGGCUGCUUUGGGCUGAAUUUUAAAUUCCGUUUAGCAUUAGAAUCCUUAAAACUUAGAGCUUUCUUUAGUAAUGGAUUGAUUCUCCUUUGCUUGAAUUUGGUUCUCCUAUUGAAAAAUAGCCCCUACUACUUUUAUGAACCUAAUUUGAUGGAAUCUGACUUGUGUACGAUGUUUGGCAUACAUUUGUUUGUCAAGGAAUGUAGAAUUCCCAAUAUUUUUAUCAUCUCAAAUUCAAUUUUCGAUAUGGUUCAGCUCUAUGCGUAGAUUCAUGGUUCCUAGCUUUAGAGCUAUGAUUCAAAAGACGGGUGUGGUGGACGUAUUGGGGCUGUGGAGCAAGUGACCUUGAUGUUCAUAUUCUCAAAUUCUUUACCUCAAACACUGGGAAUCUCUUCUGU